AGGAUUUGGUGUUUCCAACGCUCGUCAGUGGAAAAAAAGAGCAAAUAUAGUCAGACCUGAGGAAAGGAAAAGAGCUGACUCCAUGUCGGCCUCUCGGAGGGCCCUGGCUCAUCCUUGAGCGCUUGUCCCGAGUCGUCAGGUUUCCAGAAGUCCUCCUGACCCUCCAUUCCGAUCCCACCGUGACAUGAGGACCGCGCCGCUCCGCCCCGGAGUGACGCCCUCCGCCCAUGGGCCUGGCCGGGGGCAACCGGCGGGCGGCGCGGAGGAGGCGGCGACAGGUGGCGCGCAGCACGGCCUGAGCCGGGUCAGGCCAUGGCCGCCUCCGAGCGGCUGUACGAGUUGUGGCUGCUCUACUACGCGCAGAAGGACCUGGCCUACCUGCAGCAGUGGCUGAAGGCCUUUGUGGGUGCCUUUGAGAAGAGCAUCUCCCUGUCCUCCCUGGAGCCACGAAGGCCAGAGGAGGCAGGCGCGGAGGUGCCUCUGCUCCCCUUGGAUGCGCUGCAUGUUCUAGCCGAGCAGCUGGACCAGGGGGACCUGGAGCAAGCCCUGCUGCUACUGAAGCUCUUUAUCCUCCUCUGCAGGAACCUGGAGAAUGUAGAGGCAGGCUGGGGCCAGGUGUUAGUGCCCCGAGUACUGGCCCUAAUGACUGGAUUGGUGGCUGAGCUGAAGGGGAUCCCUCCAACUCAGGAAGGCCGUGGGACCCAGCUGGAGAACGUGGCCCUACACGCCCUGCUCCUUUGUGAGGGUCUAUUUGACCCCUACCAGAUCUGGAGGCGCCAGCACAGUGGGGAAGUCAUCAGCUCCAAAGAGAAGAGCAAAUACAAGUUUCCUCCUGCCACUUUGCCCUAUGAAUUCAGCACCUUCUUCCAAGAGAGCUUGCAGGAUGCAGACCGAUGGCCUCCCACGCUGCUGCUACGGCUCAUCCACCUCUUUGGUGCUGUCCUGGCAGGAGGAAAGGAGAAUGGGGAAAUGGCUGUGAGCGCCGGCUCUGUGCAAGGCCUGCUGGGUGUGGUGCGGGACCGUGGCCAAGGAAUGAUUCAGGACUGCUGCCUGGUGUCACUGGCACUGGAAGCACUGGUGGGCGCUGUGCAUGUCCUGCAUGCCAGCCGUGCUCCACCCCGUGGUCCUGAGCUCCGUGCCCUGCUGGAAGGCUACUUCCGUGUCCUUAACACUGACUGGCCGGCGGGUCCAAGCUCAGGCCCUGAAGAGGCCCUCGUCGCCCUGCGGGUCAGCAUGCUUGACGCCAUCCCCAUGAUGCUGGCGUGUGAGGACCGCCCAGUGCUGCAAGCCACCUUCCUCAGCAACAACUGUUUCGAGCACCUCAUGCGCCUCAUCCAGAACAGCAAGCUAUACCUGCAAGCCCAGGCACCCCCUGAGGGGGACAGUGACCUGGCUACCCGGUUACUGACCGAGCCCAAUGUCCAGAAGGUGCUGGACCAGGACACAGAUACCAUUGCUGUGCACGUGGUCAGGGUGCUGACCUGCAUCAUGAGUGGGUCCCCCUCUGCCAAGGAGGUGUUUAAGGAACGCAUCGGCUACCUGCACCUGCAUGAAGUUCUGCAGAGUCACGGUCCCCCCACCCACCGGCUGCUGCAAGAACUGCUUGAUAUGGCAGUAGAGGGAGACCACAGCGUACACCCACCUCCACCGAUCCGCAAUGAGCAACCCGUGCUGGUGCUCAUGCAGUGGUUGCCAGCACUACCCACCGCCGGGCUGCAGCUCUUCCUGGCACAACGGCUCCGGUGGCUGUGUGACAGCUGCCCUGCCAGCCGUGCCACCUGUGUGCAGGCAGGCCUGGUGGGCUACCUGUUGGAGACAUUGAGCACAGGGGUAACCUUGAGUUCCCGCUGCCAGGAACAGCUGUUGGCUCUGUUGCAAGCACUGGGCCGUGUGUCACUGAGGCCCCUGGAGCUACGCCGCUUGUUGCACCCCCCACCUGGGCUGGACACAGGGCCAGGAGGAAGUGAAGCAGGCAUUAAGGCCCGACAUGCAGGGGCUGUCAUCCGUGCACUCUCAGGCAUGGCCCGGCAUCAGGGUCCUGCCCGUGCCUUGCACUAUUUUGACCUCACACCCAGCAUGGCAGGCAUCAUGGUGCCACCUGUGCAACGAUGGCCAGGGCCUGGCUUCACCUUCCACGCCUGGCUCUGCCUGCACCCCACAGAGGCCACCCCACCCUUGGCCCCCACCCGGCCACUCCAGCGAAAGCAGCUGUACAGCUUCUUCACCAGCAGUGGCUCAGGGUUCGAAGCAUUCUUUACUGCAGCUGGGACCCUGGUGGUGGCUGUGUGCACACGGAAGGAGUACUUGACUCUGAGCCUGUCUGAAGUGACCUUCGCCGACUCUGCCUGGCACUCCGUGGCCAUCGUCCAUGUGCCUGGACGCCGGCCCUUCAGUCAGAACCUGGUCCAUGUCUAUAAGGAUGGCCAUCUGGUCCGGACGGCAGCCCUUCGCUGCCCCUCCCUCAGUGAGCCUUUCUCCUCCUGCUGCAUUGGCUCUGCUGGGCACCGCACAACCACCACUACCACAGGGCUACCCACGCCACCAGGCCCCAUUGCCCUGGAGCAUGCUCACCCUGCCCUCACCCGCUCUCAGUCAGUCCCAGCCUCCACGGGGCUUGGCUGGGGGUCAGGACUGGUAGCUCCUCCUCAGGAGGGCAGCAUCAGCUCCACCCUUGCAGGCACCCAGGACACCCGUUGGGGCAGUCCCACCUCACUGGAGGGAGAACUGGGGGCCGUGGCCAUCUUUCAUGAAGCCCUGCAGGCGGCAGCCCUGCGAACCCUGUGCACCCUAGGGCCCAACGAGACAGCGCCCUUCAAGCCCGAGGGUGACUUGCACGAGCUGAGCACCAAGCUCCUCCUCUAUUACUCGCCUCAGGCCUGCAGGAACAACAUCUGUCUGGACCUGUCCCCUGGCCAGGGGCUGGACGGUCGCCUGACAGGUCACAGGGUGGUGACCUGGGAUGUGAAGGAUGUGGUAAGCUGCGUGGGGGGCAUGGGAGCUCUGCUGCCCCUGCUGGAGAGAGUGGCUGAACGCCCCCAAGAAGCUGAAGCAGGGCCAACGGAGAUACAUGACCUAGUGGGCCCCGAGCUGACCUCUGGCCACAACACCCCGGGCCUGCUUCUCCCCCUGGGCAAGUCUUCAGAGGAGAGGAUGGAGAGGAAUGCAGUGGCUGCCUUUCUGCUGAUGCUGCGGAGCUUCCUGCAGGGCCACAGCGUCAACCAGGAGAGCCUGGUGCAGUGCCAGGGACCUGCCAUCAUCGGGGCCCUCCUGCGCAAGGUCCCCAGCUCGGCCAUGGACAUGAACGUGCUCAUGGCCGCCCAGCUGCUGAUGGAGCAGGUGGCGGCAGAGAACAGCGGGCCCCUCCUGUACGGGCUCUAUCAACAUCUGCUCUUCAACUUUCACCUCUGGACCCUCAGCGACUUUGCUGUGCGCCUGGGCCACAUCCAGUACAUGUCCAGCAUAGUGCGGGAGCACAGACAGAAGCUGCGGAGGAAGUACGGGGUCCAGUUCAUCCUUGAUGCCCUGCGCACUCACUACAGCCCACAGCGGGAGCGCCCUCUCGCGGCUGAUGACCUGCGCACAGUGCAGACCUCCCUCCUGGGCCUGGCACGGGAGUUCCUGUUGCGCAGUUUCUCAGCUGAUGACUUGCAGGUCAUGCUGAAUUUUCUGGCUGCCACAAGUGACGAUGGCCAGGUAGUGGGAGCCCUGGAUGUACUGCUGGCCCUGCUGCAGGGCUCCCCAGCCCAGGAGGCCCUGGCUGUCUUCCUGUUGGAGGCAGGGAACCUUGAGGUGCUGCUGACGCUGCUGGUGCGGCCAAGAUCACUGCCUCUGCUGCCUGACCGAGUGUGCAAGAUCCUGCGCAGACUGCAGCAGAAUGAGCGGCUACCUGAGAGGAGCCGCCAGCGGCUCCGGCUGCGGGACUGUGGUCUCCAGGGUCUCAUUGCCUGCCUCCCCGAGGGGACCAUUUCCCCCCAGCUCUGCCAGGGCCUGUACAAGCUGAUCCUGGGAGCAGAUGUCCUGAACCUUUCAGAUCUGCUGGCUAUGGUGCAGUUGUCACUCCAGGCUGACCUCAGCAUCCGGCUGGACAUCUGUCGUCAGCUCUUCCACCUCAUCUAUGGACAGCCAGACGUGUUGCGGCUCUUGGCCCAGCAGGCCGGCUGGCAGGAUGUGCUAACCCGGCUGUAUGUUCUGGAAGCUGCCACAGCCAACAGCCCCCUGGCCUUCCCCCCAGAGCCACCCACCUCUCCAGAGCCAGCCUUGCCCAAGCCACCCACCGAGUCACCUGUGGAACCUUCUGAUGUCUUCCUGCCCUCAGAGUCCCCCUGCUCUGACCCUGAGACUUUUUACCACGCCCUGUCCCCAUUCUGCACACCCUUUGACCUGGGCCUGGAACGAGCCAGCAUGGGUUCAGGCAACACAGCCGGUGGUGGCAGUGGCAGUGGGACCCUAACUCCUGCCAGCCAACCAGGCACACCUUCCCCACUGGAUGGGCCACGGCCCUUCCUUGUUGCCCAUGGCCGCCACAGCUCCAGCCUCUCCAACGUACUGGAGGACGGCAGCCUGCCAGAGCCCGCCAUCAGCGGGGAUGACACCUCUAACACCAGCAACCCUCAGCAAACCUCGGAGGAGGAAUUGUGCAACCUGCUCACCAACGUGCUGUUCUCCGUGACGUGGAGGGGCGUGGAGGGCAGUGACGAGGCCGCCUGGCGCGAACGGGGCCAGGUCUUUUCGGUGCUCACCCAGCUGGGUGCCUCAGCUACACUUGUGCGUCCCCCAGACUGUAUCAAACGCAGCCUCCUGGAGAUGAUGCUGGAGUCAGCCCUGACGGACAUUAAGGAGGCAGCCCCUGGGAGCCUGGCCAGCCUCACUCAGCAGGCACUCUGGCUGCUGCGCCUGCUCCAAGACUUCCUAUGUGCUGAGGGCCACGGUAACCAGGAGUUGUGGAGUGAGAAGCUCUUUGAGGGUGUGUGCAGCCUACUGGACCGAUUGGGAGCCUGGCCUCACUUGGCCAACGGCACGGCCGAUCUUCGUGAAAUGGCACAGAUUGGCCUGCGUCUUGUGCUUGGCUACAUCCUGCUGGAGGACCCUCAGCUGCACGCCCAAGCCUACGUGAAGCUGCACAUGCUGCUGCAGACCGUGGUGCCUGCCCGCCGGGAGGAGGCCUCCUAUGUGCUCUCCAAGCUGGAGGCUGCCCUGGGACGGGCGCUCAACACCUCCUCCUCCCAGACGGUCCCAGAGAACGGGCGAGCCCGACCCACGGCCGUGGCCGCCACAGAGCGCUGUUCGUGGCUGGUGCCGCUGGUGCGUACACUGCUGGACCGUGCCUAUGGACCACUGGGACUGCAAUGGGGGCUGCCCUCCCUGCCACCCACCAACGGCAGCCCCACCUUCUUUGAGGACUUCCAGGCUUUCUGUGCCACACCUGAAUGGCGCCACUUCAUUGACAAGCAGGUGCAGCCCACUAUGUCGCAGUUUGAAAUGGAAACUUACGCUAAGAGCCACGACCUCAUGUCCGGCUUCUGGAAUGCCUGCUAUGACACGCUCAUGAGCAGCGGACAGCGGCGCCAGCGAGAGCAUAUGCGCAGCCGACGGGCCUUCCAGGAGCUGGUACUGGAACCUGCCCAGCGGCGCAUGCGCCUGGAGGGGCUGCGCUAUGCUGCAGCACUGAAGCAGCAGACAGCACAGCACUCGACUGCCCUGCUGCACUGGGGGACACUGUGGCGCCAACUCUCCUGCCCUCGUGGGGCCUGGGCACUGAGGGACCCUCCGACCCCGCGCUGGAAGCUAUCCAGUGCUGAGACGUACUCGCGUAUGCGCCUGAAGCUGGUGCCCAACCAUCACUUCGACCCUCACCUGGAAGCCAGCGCCUUAAGGGACAACCUGGGGGAGGCCCCCCUGACACUCACCGAGGAGGCCUCGCUGCCUCUGGCGGUGUCCAAAGAAGCCAAAGUCAGUACCCCUCCAGAGGAGCUGCAGGAGGACCAGCUGGAUGAGGAUGAGCUGGCCGCACUGGAGACCCCCUUGGAGGCGGUAGAACUGGAUGAGCAGCGGGAGAAACUGGUACUGUCAGCCGAGUGCCAACUGGUCACGGUGGUGGCCGUGGUUUCGGGACUGCUGGAGGUAACCACCCAGAACGUGUACUUCUAUGAUGGCAGUGCCGAGCGAGUGGAGACGGAGGAGGGCGUGGGCCACGACUUCCGGCGCCCACUGGCCCAUCUGCGCGAGGUGCACCUGCGGCGUUUCAACCUGCGCCGUUCAGCCCUGGAGCUGUUCUUUAUCGACCAGGCCAACUACUUCCUCAACUUUCCUUGCAAAGUGGGCGGGACCCCAGCCUCAUCUCCUUCCCAGGCUACCCGACCCCAGCCCCAUCCCACCCCACCCCACACUCAGGUACGGAACCAGGUGUACUCAAGGCUCCUGCGCUUGCGGCCUCCCAGCCAGGGCUACCUAAGCAGCCGUUCCCCGCAGGAGAUGCUGCGUGCCUCAGGCCUUACCCAGAAAUGGGUACACCGAGAGAUAUCCAAUUUCGAGUACUUGAUGCAGCUCAACACCAUCGCAGGGCGGACCUACAAUGACCUGUCUCAGUACCCCGUGUUCCCCUGGGUCCUGCAGGACUAUGUGUCCCCAACCCUGGAUCUCAGCAACCCAGCUGUCUUCCGAGACUUGUCCAAGCCCAUCGGUGUGGUGAACCCCAAGCAUGCCCAGCUCGUGAAGGAGAAGUACGAGAGCUUUGAGGACCCGGCGGGCACCAUUGACAAGUUCCACUAUGGCACGCACUACUCCAACGCCGCGGGCGUGAUGCACUACCUCAUCCGCGUGGAGCCCUUCACCUCCUUGCACGUGCAGCUGCAGAGUGGCCGCUUCGACUGCUCUGACCGGCAGUUCCACUCAGUGGCAGCAGCCUGGCAGGCACGCCUGGAGAGUCCUGCCGACGUGAAGGAGCUCAUCCCAGAGUUUUUCUACUUCCCCGACUUCCUGGAGAACCAGAACGGCUUUGACCUGGGCUGCCUGCAGCUGACCAACGAGAAGGUGGGUGACGUGGUGCUGCCUCCGUGGGCCAGCUCUCCCGAGGACUUUAUCCAACAGCACCGCAGGGCUCUGGAGUCAGAAUACGUGUCUGCCCACCUCCACGAGUGGAUCGACCUCAUCUUUGGCUACAAGCAGCGGGGGCCGGCAGCCGAGGAAGCCCUCAAUGUCUUCUAUUACUGCACCUACGAGGGGGCUGUGGACCUGGACCAUGUGGCAGAUGAGCGAGAACGGAAGGCUCUAGAGGGCAUUAUCAGCAACUUCGGGCAGACUCCCUGUCAGCUCCUGAAGGAGCCACACCCAGUGCGCCUGUCCGCUGAAGAAGCAGCCAAUCGCCUUGCACGACUGGACACUAACUCACCCAGCAUUUUCCAGCACCUAGACCAGCUCAAAGCCUUCUUUGCAGGGGUGGUCAGUGAGGGUGUACCCUUGGUGCUAGCCCUGGUCCCCCACCGGCAGCCCCACUCCUUCAUCACCCAGGGCUCCCCUGACCUGCUGGUGACUGUGAGUGCCAGUGGGCUGCUGGGCACCCAUAGCUGGCUGCCCUAUGAUCACAACAUCAGCAACUACUUCAGCUUUAGCAAAGACCCCACCUUGGGCAACCCCAAGAUGCAGCGAGUGCUGAGUGGCCCGUGGGUGCCAGGAAGUGGUGUGACUGGGCAAGCACUGGCAGUAGCCCCCGAUGGAAAGCUGCUAUUCAGCGGUGGUCACUGGGACGGCAGCUUGCGAGUGACUGAGCUACCCCGAGGCAAGCUGUUGAGUCAGCUCAGCCGGCACUUGGAUGUAGUGACCUGCCUUGCACUGGACACCUGUGGCAUCUACCUCAUCUCAGGCUCCCGGGAUACCACGUGCAUGGUGUGGCGGCUCCUGCAGCAGGGUGGUCUGUCAGUAGGGCUGGACCCAAAGCCCGAGCAGGUCUUGUACGGCCAUGAGACUGCGGUGAGCUGUGUGGCUCUCAGCACUGAGCUGGACCUUGCUGUAUCGGGAUCCGAGGACGGGACGGUGAUCAUCCACACUGUACGCCGAGGCCAGUUUGUGGCAGCACUACGGCCCCCAGGGGCUGCCUUGCCAGGGCCCGUGUCCCACCUGGCUCUUGGAUCUGAAGGCCAGAUUGUGGUACUGAGCUCAGCGCGGGAACGUCCUGGGGCUCAGGUCACCUACUCCCUGCAUUCAUACUCUGUGAAUGGGAGGUUGCGGGCAUCCCAGCUCCUGGUCGAGCAGCCCACAGCCCUGGCGGUGGCCGAAGACUUUGUGUUGCUGGGCACGGCCCAGUGUGCCCUGCACAUCCUCCACCUGAACAAACUGCAGCCGGCUGCGCCCCCCCUGCCCAUGAACGUGCCCAUCUGGAGCGUGGCGGUGACCAAGGAGCGCAGCCACGUGCUUGUGGGUCUGGAGGAUGGCAAGCUGAUCGUGGUGGGCUCGGGGAAGCCCUUGGAGGUGCGCAGCAACCAGUUCGCUCGGAAGCUCUGGCGGUCGUCGUCACGGCGCAUCACGCAGGUGUCCUCCGGGGAGACCGAGUACAGGCCUGCAGAGGGACGCUGAGAGCCUGCUGCAGCUGACGCCCCGCCCCCAGCGGGCCCCGCCCCCAGCGGGCCCCGCCCCCAGCGGGCCCCGCCCCCA